GUUCUGGCGGCCCACCCCUGCUCGUACAGGGAUGGUACGCCCCCGGCCGGGCGCGUGCUGGCGGUCUGAAACCUUUUGGCGCUAAAAUGAGCGGCGCUGGCAGGGGUGGGGAUGUGAGCGGUCUGCAAGCUUCAGUCUGCAGAAACGGGGUUGAGAGAUGUCAAGGAAUGUGUUGUCUCUCUAGAAUGGCUGCCGAGCCGGAACGCGUUUUCCAGAUCUCUGGAAUCCGAAACGCAGAGACGAAGAGGAGUUUGCUGAAGUGCAUUUCCAGUCUGGGCGGGAUAUACGCUGGUGGAUCGGCUUACAGUGAGCGAACCACACACCUCAUCGCGAGGAACGUCAGCCCCAGUGAGAAGUUCCUCGCGGCUUGCGCUGCAGGUAUCUGGGUCCUGCGCCCCGAGUACGUGACGGAGAGCGCGAGAGCCGGCCGCUGGCUGGCCGAGGAGCCCCGCGAGUGGGGGAGCCCCGCGCGGCGCUGGCGGGGGCAGGCCGGGGCGUUCCGCGGCUGGAGGGUUGCGCUGCUGCUGGGCGACGCCGGCAAGAGGAAGGUGUUCGAACGGAUUCUGAAAGCCGGGAAGGCCACGGUCUAUCACUGCCCGCCUUCCACCCAGGAAUUUACACAUGUUCUGGUGAAAAACAUGAGACAGGAGACACCACCCUGCGGGGCUCCCUGCUACUCGCUGAACUACAUUGCUCAACAUUUAUUUGAGGAAACGGAGAGCCCCAGGGCAAUGCCACCGCCUCUUUCACCCGACGCUCAGCAGAGGCUUUUCUCCGAACUGGAGCUGAAGCUGAAGGAGCACGUCCUGGCACUCGAGGUUUUGCAAGCAAAAUGUGCGUCUGUUGACUUCCAAAACUGCUACUCCACGGCGGACUUGCAGGACGCUGAAAGCCCGCUGUUCGUGAUCACGUUUCUGAACACGCUGCACGACGUGUUCCGCAAUAACCCUCCCUGGGGGUGGCCCUCCCGAGUCGGGUACUUCCUGAGCCUCCUGCAGUGUCCCGAGUGCAAGGAGGGGCCUUGGGCCUUUCUGGAGGCGUCUGCCAGGCGGCUCGUGUCCGGCGGUCCCUGCUGCCACCUCUGCCCUGAGCCCGUCAGCCCAGAGCAGGAGAAGUUCCAUGCCCAUCUCCUGGCCUUCCUUCUCGAUCUCUACAGGUUUGAUCUCCACUCCUUAAACACCAGGUAA